GUCCCCUGAGUUUUUGGCUCUUUUCUUUAAGAUGCCAGAAAAUAUUAUGUUGUUAGACAAGAAUAUUCCCAUUCCACACAUCAAGCUGAUUGACUUUGGCCUGGCUCACGAAAUAGAAGAUGGAGUUGAAUUUAAGAACAUUUUUGGGACGCCGGAAUUUGUUGCUCCAGAGAUCGUGAACUACGAGCCCUUGGGACUGGAGGCAGACAUGUGGAGCAUUGGGGUCAUUACUUACAUCCUAAGGUCUCACCAUCUGUCCAAAGGAGAGGUCAGAGCUCCUGAACAGCGGAAGACACAGCCCACCCAGCUGAAGACCAAACGGCUGAGAGAGUAUACCCUCAAAUGCCACUCAAGCAUGCCCCACAACAACUCCUAUGUCAACUUUGAGCGUUUUGCCCACGUGGUAGAGGAUGUGGCUCGGGUGGAUCAGGGAUGUCGUGACCUGGCAGAAGCUCAUGACACUCUCCAGGAUGACGUGGAGGUCCUGGUCUCCAUCUACAAUGAGAAGGAGGCUUGGUACCGAGAAGAGAAUGAGAAGGCCCGGAAUGACCUGUCCCAGCUCAGGUACGAGUUCCGGAAGGUGAAGUCCUUGAAGAGACUCCUUCGAGAAGACAUCCAAGUGGCAGGAUCCAGCCUGGGAGGCGUGGCUAGGAAGCUGGACCAUCUGCAGGCCCAGUUUGAAGCUCUGAGGAGGGAGGUGUCAGCAGACCUCCAAUGGAUGCAGGAACUGGUGGGCGGCUUCCAGCCGGAGAGUGGGGACACAGAUGGCCGGGGCUCCGUGUUCUGUCCGGAUGCCAGCGAAUCCCUGACUGCCAUGGCCAAUGGGAAUGUGGGCAGGCGAGUGUUUCAUUGGGACCUGGAGGUGGAGGGAGGAGGUUUGGACAAGGGAGUAGGGGGCAGUUGGUGGCAUUCUGUGGAUAGCUCCUUCUGCCACCAUGGAGAAUGUUUAAUUCACCACACUGUGAAUGAAAGGUCAGUUUCCAUGCUGAGUUCAAGCCCCAUCCUGGCCAAUGGGAAGGCACGGGCUGUGUAUGCAGAUUCUCAAGGAAUCUGGGAACCAGUGGACACUCAGCAAGCCAUGGUGCGAAGGGAGUCUGUGGUCAACCUGGAGAAUUUUAAGAAGCAAUAUGUCCGCAGGAGGUGGAAGCUCUCCUUCAGCAUUGUCUCCUUGUGCAACCAUCUGACACGCUCCCUAAUGAAGAAGGUGCACCUGAGGCCAGCUGCGGACCUGAGAAAUUGCGAGAGUGACUCGGAGGAGGACAUCGCCAGGAGGAAAGCUCUCCACCCGCGGAGGAGGAGCAGUACAUCCUAAAUGGCUCAGCUCACAGUGGCUGCCAGGGAGGUCCAGGCCCAGUGAAGCUCCUUUCUGUCCAAGCUCAUGGACCAUGCUCAUCAUUAGCAUCCAGGAGUUCUGCAUUCCUGAGCACUUUGUAAGAGAGAGAGAGAGGGGGGAAGAAAGGGAGAGAGAAGGAGAGGGGCCCACGGGAUUCAGAAGACUUUGCAGGGAGCCUGGAGACCUGCCAGCAUUCCCAAAUCUCUCAGUCCUCCAUCUAAACUGGCUUUGGUCUACCUGCCAACCCCAGGACCUGGGGGAGGGGCAUGGACUUGAUGUAAGGGACAUCAUCUUCAUUAUGGGGCAAAGGCCACACUUGGGCAGCAUAGCUUACAGGAUGAGGGAGUUCAGAAGCAGCCUGGUCAACAAUCAACAUCCAGAAAACAGAAGCUGCCCCCCACGGGAACAGGAGGACCGGCUGAAGAGAAUCUUGGAGCGUAAGGGACCAAUCCUAUGUCCUCCGAGAAAGCCACAUGGAAUCUAGACGUCCACAUCAGACCUGCUAACGAAGUCCAGUGCGAUCCCACUGUGUUCUGAUUUUGCUCAUUUUUAUUAAACUUCU